AUGAUUUUCGCGCAGGCUAGAUGCCUGACAGAGGCUAUCAUGUUCGGCGAUUUCGGAGUGAGGCUCAAGAUACCUGAAGAUCGGUUAUGCCCUCCAGUUCCGAAUAGGCUGAACUACGUUCUUUGGAUCCAAGAUAUCGUGUACGCACAUCGGGAUGUGUUGGAGACGCGUCCCAGGAGGAUACGAGGGAUUGACGUCGGGACAGGGGCAACUGCGAUCUACCCGAUUCUAGCUUGCAAGAUGGAGGAGACAUGGGAUAUGGUUGGUACAGAGAUAGACGACGCAUCGUUCACCUGCGCCCUAAAUAACGUUGAAGCCAACGACCUGCACAAUCGGAUCGACGUUCGGAAGGCCUCGAAGGAAGGAGGGAUCUUGUUUCCAUUGGAAGAUUGCGACGCAAAGUACGACUUCUGCAUGUGCAACCCGCCAUUCUACGCCAGUGCUGCUGAGGUAGAGGAUCUAGCAAGAGAGAAGGAGUUGCCACCAAACGCUGUCUGCACUGGCGCCGACAUCGAGAUGAUAUACUCAGACGGAGGCGAGGCGGGUUUUGUAGGGAGAAUGGUGGAAGAAAGUGAGACGUUCCAGACAAGGUGUAAAUGGUACAGCUCGAUGUUUGGCAAAAUGUCCUCCGUGACACGGAUAGUGGAGAUGUUGCGCGAGCGAUCGAUAACGAAUUAUGCAAUAACAGAGUUCGUUCAAGGCCAAACACGGCGCUGGGCGAUUGCAUGGUCAUGUACCGAUAGCCACCUUCCAGAUUCAAUUGCCCGUAUACCCAACCUCCCGUCGAACCACGCCCUUCUACCGCUCAUGCCUCCUCGGAACACCCUUUCUCAGCCUCUUUCAUCCACUGAAGUCGCCUCCCUGGACUUCGAAAGAGUGUGCACGAUCGUCUCUGAUGUCUUGGGCCUCGUCGAUGGAGUGACCGCCAUCGAGCGCUCGGAAUCAGAGAAGGGAGAGAAAGGUGUUUUCUUUGUGCAGGCGAGGGCGAAUACGUGGUCGAGGAGCGCGAGACGGAAGAAGGCGCGUCUCAAGGACGGCGUUAACGAGGGUAAUUCCACCACCGUGUCCAAUGCCAGCGAGACGAUCGAGGGUGGUGCUUCGAAUUUGAGUGCGGGCACUGCAGAGCCGGCCUUGACGUGCAGCAUCCGUGUGCUUCGCCCAGCCGAGGCGGAAAUAGCAGAGAGUCACUAUUCGCUGGAGUUCCAGUGGAUAUUUGGCCGCGACCGUAGCCUGUUCGAGAGUUUUGCGAGCCAUGUUGGGCGGAAGGUUGGGCUACAGCUCGAGGCUAACACCCGCGCGUUGGAUGGGGCGGCAUAA